AUGCGACAAAUAAACCUAUUCCGAGGCUGGCCGAACCCGUCCCUCCAACCCCCUCCCCGCCCUAACCACAGCCACAUCCAACCAUCCUCUCCAACCCGCUCCUCUCCGCCCCGGCUCUCAGCUACGGGCCCAAUGAAGGCGAUGCCUCCGUUCGCGCGGAGAUCGCCCGCUGGCUCUCCGGGUUCUACAACCCCCCCCCCCCCCCCAUCCCCGGUAGCCGCCUCCCGCAUAUGUAUCACCGGCGGCGCAAGUCAGAACCUGGCUUGUCUGGUGCAGGUCUUUUCGGACCCGCUGUACACGCGGAAUGUAUGGCUGGUGGUGCCAACGUAUUAUCUGGCGUGUCGCAUUUUUGAUGAUGCGGGCUUUUCGGGCAAGUUGAGGGAGGUGAGCGAGGAUGCGGAGGGGGUGGAUGUGGAGGAGUUGGCAAGGGGGCUGGAGAGCAGUGAGGGGCGGGCCGGGGCGGAGAAGGGCUGGGAGCGAGAGCGGAAUUCUGAAUCGGAGCUGGUCCUCCUCGCUCGUAAAUACGACGCCCUGAUCAUAUCCGACGAUGUAUAUGACCACCUCCAAUGGCCCGUUCCUUCCUCGCCGUCCCCGACAAAAAUAUACCCAGACAAAGCCCUCGUCCCGCGCAUCGUCGAUGUAGACCGAUAUCUCGACGGCGGACCGCAGGACGACUUCGGGAAUGCCGUUAGCAACGGCAGCUUUAGCAAAAUUGUCGGUCCUGGUUGUCGUGUCGGCUGGGCGGAAGGGACGGAUAAAUUUGUCUAUGGCUUGUCCCAGACCGGCUCUUCCCGCUCGGGCGGCUGCUCUUCGCAACUUACCUCGACGUUCAUCCGUGAACUUCUCUCGACAAACUCACUGCAAACGCAUAUCAGGAACGUAUUGCAGCCUGAGUAUUGCAGUCGAUAUUUCACACUCACUGCUGCUGUGCGGAAACACCUCGUCCCGCUUGGCGUGUUGUUGACAAAUGCAAAUGGAAAUGGAAAUGCGAAUGCAAAUACAAGUGCAAAUGCAAAUUCCGGUACCAUCGCAGGCGGCUAUUUCCUCUGGCUUCGCCUCCCGCGAGGAUUGAGAGCUAGCGACCUAGCAGGCAAGGCACAGGAGGAGGAGGAUGUAGUUAUUGCCGCAGGGAAUUUGUUCAACGUUGCUCAGGAAGACGGAUAUAGAACUGAUGCUGACGAGGUUGCCUUGGGUGGAGCUGGAGAUUUUGAGAGUUAUGUUAGGUUCUGUUUUGCGUGGGAGGAGGAGAGAUUUGAGGAGGGGGGUUGA